AUGGCUGUGAAGAUUUAUGGUCACGUCACUGUGACGAAAAACGUUCGUAAGAGUAUCAGAACCCGAAAGUGUAGAUGUAAAGGUGCUCAAACACGUACUCGACAUCAAACCCCCACACCCAAAAGAUCUCCACUUCCAUCAAUCCAUCAAGACUGGAAGUUCUGGAAAAGGAUCACGACCCUUCCUAAACAUCUCCUCAGAAUUCUCUCGUCAGACUGUAACCUUUGGGCGUAUUCAACUACUCGACCAAUGCUGAUGACUAUAAUCCGGCACUUCAAUCCUGGUCAUCGCAUCCGACAGUGUAUCUUGAAGGCUGAGUUGAUUGAGAUGUUUGAGGAACUUGUGGCACAAAAGUAUGGCCUUUUCUAUGGUAUUUGA